AUGCGCUCAAAGAUGAAGAAGUUACACGCCUCCCACCUAGCAUACGACAGCAUGAUGAGGCGGGCGAGGGCUCUGAUUUUCUGGCCAGGAAUGGCUGCAGAAAUCAAACAGAUGUCCGACUCGUGCACUGCCUGCCAAGAGAAUAAGCCAAGCAAUCAAAGAGAAACGUUGUGGCCACAUUACGAAGGAAAAGGACCUUGGGAAAAGGUUGGAACAGACUUAAUGGAGAUCCAAGGGAGAACAUACUUGAUCACAGUGGACUAUUUCUCAAAUUGGAUCGAAGCUGACUUAUUAACAACAUCAACCUCAACCGAGGUGAUUAGAAAACUGAAAGCUCACUUUGCCAGAUUCGGAGUCCCUAAAGUCCUUAUCUCUGACUGUGGGCCUCAAUACACGUCUCACGAAUUCGCCGUAUUCACUAACAGAUGGAACAUAUCGCACAUCAGGUCCGACCCCGGACACCCCAAAGUCAACGGAAAAGCAGAGGCCGCAGUAAAAACAAUCAAAAACAUGAUGAGAAAGACUAUCGGAACCGGAGAUGAUCAAUACGAAUCCCUGCUGGAACUUCGCAACACUCCCAAACAUGACUGUGGCUAUAGCCCAGCCCAUUUGUGUUUGAACAGAAUGCCACGGUCACUACUACCCCUGACUAAAGCCCUUGAGCCCGAAAGCUACACAGAAGGCCUGGGGGCGAAAGCUCGUCACAGGUACACCAUAAAAAAACAGUAUGAUAAAAGAGCAAGAGACCUGCCCCGGCUGAGUGUGGACCAAAACUUUUACUUCCAGAGUCCGGGAAACAAUGAUUGGCGGCCUGGCAAAAUCAUGAUGAGAGACAGUGAGCGGUCCUACACCGUGAAGGGAACAACGGGCGGUACCUACGUUAGGAACAGAGUGCACAUCCGGCCCAGGAAUGUCCCUUACUCAGACAUCUUUUCAGAUGACGAAACGGCAACCCAUGAGGCACCAUUAGAUGCCUCAUCCACAGACUUAACACCACACCCUGCCUCAGAGUCCAGCGCCGACCCUGAUGGGAUCCCACCCUUGGCUCACGGAGCAGAGCCUAGCGUGAGAAGGAGUGGGCGAACGAGAGCCACCCCUACGUGGCACAAGGACUACGACAUAGGCAAGUGGUGA